AUGGCUGCUAAAAAACUCAUUUAUCCUGCGGCGGAUCGUAAUAAGGAUCCCAUAUUAGCGGUUUUAAAACGAUACAUCCAACAAUGCGACGUCAAUCAGAGCUUCUUGGAGAUAUCCUCCGGUUCAGGACAACAUGUGACGCAUUUCGCACCGCAUUUUCCACACGUCACCUUUUAUCCCUCGGAGUACGAGCCGCGACUUUUGGAGAGUAUCGCCGCACACGCACACGGACAUUCGAACAUAAAAAGUCCCAUUAGAAUUGAUGUCACCACGGACUAUCGUCUAUGGGGUAAUGGUAUCUUUAAACCGAACAGCUUAGAAUACAUAUAUAACGCAAACAUGAUGCAUAUUUCGCCGUAUCAGUGUACCAUCGGUUUAUUUAAUAACGUUGGCCAAUUGCUAAAACCGAACGGACUGUUAAUUACAUAUGGACCAUAUGCCUUUGAUGGUCAAAUCACACCGCAGAGUAAUAUAAAUUUCGACAAGUCCUUGAGAUUGCAGGAUCCAAGUUGGGGUUUACGAGAUGUAAGAGAUUUGAAAAAGUUGGCUGAGGAGAAUAAUAUUAAAUUAAUCGAGAUUAUGGAUAUGCCUGCUAAUAAUAAGACGUUAAUUUGGAGAAAAAGUAUGCAUUUGUAA